AUGGACAAGGUAUUGGAGGUCGACGACUCCUUAGAUCAGGCCGCAAACAAGGACGAGCUUAUGGAGGUCGAGUGCUCCGAAGAACAAACCCAAAGCAAGGACGAUCUUAUGGAGGUCGAGGGCUCCGAAGAGCCAGCCAAGUCCAAGGACGAGCUUAUGGAGGUCGGGGGCUCCGAAGAGCAAGCCGAGACGAGGGACGAGGAAUUGGAGGUUCUACCGUCGGAAGUCCAAGCAGCUGAGACCCUGGACGAGGUCGCCGGUGCAGGGAUCACCAUGCCACCGUAA